CAAAACAAAUGCAAAUAACUUUUGAUUCAUCACGACGCUGGCAAAAAACGGCCUUCUUCUUUUACGACAAACACUGACGAGAAUUCUUUGACUUCUGCCUGGCGCAAAGUCGCAACCCGCAACCCGCAUUCGCAUUCCUCUGCUUGAAACGAGAACUUUCACCAAAGUUCAUCAACACUUGCUACUUUUUGACGGCUCCCACAAACGUCAAUCGUCACUCCUGCGACCGUUGAUCACGACGCUUGCCCCUCCAUCGCAAUUUACCUCUCCUCCUCAAUCUACGACUUGAACCUUCCUCACUGCUAUCGCGCUAGGAGAUAUUUUGUCAUAAUAUUUAAGGUUCUUGCGACUUAGGGCUUAUAUUCAUUUGGUCCUUGGGCAACUACGAAUCAUCUAUUAUUUAGCUAAAUCUACGGAGCACCUACCUUACAACCUAACCUGUGCCUCUUCCUGACAAAUUUCAAGUCGCAAACAGAAAACAUCUACCAUUUUCUCCUCACUUCAAACGAAUCUUUCGUUUACAUCCGCCCUACCACUUUCGAGUGUUUUAACUGUAACUCGAGAUGUCCGAACAAGUUGAUCUCACCACUAUCCCCAUUUCUCCCAACGGAGAUUCCAAAUCCUCGGAUUCGGAGAGCAAUGGCAAUCUGAUUACGGUGUUCCACGACAAAGAUAACUUCAAUGUCAAACACCCUCUUCAGAACAAAUGGACCCUAUGGUUUACCAAGCCCUCCAGCGGCAAGGGAGACAACUGGAACGACUUGCUCAAGGAAGUUAUUACCUUCAAUUCAGUAGAGGAGUUCUGGGGCAUCUAUAACAAUAUUGCCCCCGUUUCCGACCUGGCCCUCAAGUCAGACUACCACCUAUUCAAGGAGGGUGUGCGACCCGAAUGGGAGGACCCCCAGAACAAGCAUGGCGGAAAGUGGUCUUACCAGUUCAAGGAUAAGCGCAACGUUGACAUCAACGACCUUUGGCUGCACACUAUGCUAGCCGCUAUCGGCGAGACUCUCGAGGAAGAGGAUGAUGGUGAGGUCAUGGGUGUUGUCGUCAACGUCCGGAAGGCCUUCUACCGUAUCGGCGUCUGGACCCGGACUAUAGGAAAGAGCAUCCCGGGACGAGGAGACGGUGAUGUGUCUGGCGGCAAAGGACGACCUCUUGAUAAGGGCCAGAAGAUCUUGCUCGCUAUUGGCAAGCAGUUCAAGGACAUUCUCAAGCUCCCUCCUAACGAAGUCGUCGAGUUCUCCGGUCAUACCGACUCUGCUCACAGUGGCAGCACCCGAGCCAAGGCCAAGUUCACGGUUUAAGCGAAGGUUUAAUGGACGGUCUGCAGUUUUGGCAGCAUAAUGUGUUAUGCCUCUCAUCAGCUGGUAUUCUCAAGGAGAGAGAGCCUGGUACGCUCGCUAGCGAUCUCUUUCUAGUCACCGAUGCAGGAUAUUAUGGUUAAUGAUGGGGAGGAGGGUUUAUUCUACUUGGAACGAGUAGUCGCCUAGUCCUCGGCAUGAUAUGCAUUUCGCCUCUGGCACCUAUUCGCAAGGGUCCGGGGAGAAUGAGUACGAUAUGCUCAUCAGCUGCGCUGCACUUCUAUCUGCUUAAAGCAUGUAAUGCUACGGCACCUUGUUUUCCGCAGAUCGCAGACGAUAUUACACGAAUUAAUAUGAA